AUGGAGUACGCAAAUAUUCAUGGGGUCUUCGUCGUCAUCAUCAUCAAGCGCGGCAUCGAGCCCGAAGAAGGGACCCACGAUGGCAAAGGGGAAGCAGACGGCCAGGAAGGCUGCACUGACGCCAGCCGCAAGCGCACACAGCGGCGAUAUCAUCACCACAGCGACAGCGCCCACAUCGCACCCGAUCCCAGCAGCGACGACAACGGCGACGGCAAAGACGACGACGGUCGCGCGCAGGACAUCGACACGGUCGAGUCCCGUCAUGGUGGAGAUGAACAACACGACAGCACCAGCACCACCAACCACGACAACAGCAUCAGCAACAGCGAAAAGAUGUGCAGCACCAGCAGCAACAACAAGGAACACAGCACUGCCAGCAAGGGUAGACACGUGACAGGCAGCAAAGACAAGGGUGGCGGUGGCGAUAAUGUUGUCAGCAGCAACGGCAACGACGCAAUUCCAGUCGCAGCGUCCACGCCGCUGCUUGUGGAGGCGAUAUUGGACAAGCGCACGCGGGCAUCGGAUGGCCUUGAGCUGUAUCUGAUCAAGUGGUUUGGCUUUUCCGACGACCACAACACGUGGGAGCCGGGAUCACACAUCUUUCGACAGGAGAUGGUGUUGGACUUUGAGCGACAGCGCGCACAGCAACAAUGA